UGAUCCAUUCAACGUUAUCUUCAUGUCAUGUCAUCUGUUCGGUUGGUCUCUUCAUGUACGUGUUCAACACUUGCGAAGCGGGCCUCUGAAAAAUCUCUGAACAUACGUGCGCAAAAACCAUCACACGCGUCGUAUAAAUGGCAGCCAGCCUGGUGUGUUCAUGCCCAGUCGGCUCUGCGGGGGCAUGGGUGUAGUACUAGUCAGAACUCGUGUGAAUGUGUGUCUCGGCUGCCUCGUCACUCAUUACACACACGCGCCACUCAUGAACGCAUCGACGGACGAGCGAUCGACGGGUACGCAAUAUAGACAAUACAGAGCACUCCUGCCAGCCAGCCAAUGUACACGUGAAGAAAACGGGUGAAACGCUUCGUCGAUCGCAGGCACGCUCAUGCAGAAACGCCCAGAUACAGGCACGCAGCAGACAAACUGCACCAUAGGCCGGCAUCCACACAACAAAAAAACCCCUCCCCGCAGGUGAUGUUCACAUAUGCAUCAUUCACAUGUCUGCCCGCGGCCCUCUGAUCGACUGCAUGGUAGCAGCCGAACGAGCCAUAGGGCAUACGAAGAAACAGGGAGAGAGAGAGGUCAUCUUUUCUCAUGCAUUCAUCCACUCAUCCACCCGCACCAGCCACCAGCAUGAAAGCACGCACCGACAUGAAAGCACGCAACGACAAAACUCGUCGUAGCUUUACCCACCCCACCCUAUCGACAGGCCAACACCUGUGGUGUAUCACGCUCUCCUUUGCUAACCACCCGUCCUGCCCGCCCCACAACCCCAUCCAAUUCAUGACUUCCCGACGCCAUCCAGGCAGACAGGCACCCGACAAAACACGCCAUGGACAUGCAGCAGCAAAGCUUUCUCACUGCUCGACACGCCCCGCGUCACCCAACAGACCAUUACACACACCGUUACACACAAACACAAAGUACAUAGGCGGCCAGACACCCCCCAGCCAUCCCCUCCCAGCAGCCAAGUCACUCCUGGUACACAUAUGUGUAGGCGUUGUAGUCGGGCGGGAAGGGCUUCCGCAGCGCGUCGUGGGUCUGGAUGGGCCCGCGCCUCACACACAGGGGGGCGGGGGGCAGCGUCAGGGGGGCGGCGUCCAGUGGGGCCACCGAGUCGGAGCCGUCAGCCAAACGAACCGUCACGCCUGAAACAAGCAAAUCACAGGAAGGAAUGCCUAUGAGGUGCGUUUUCUCUUGCUCUCUAACUUUCUCUCGUGCAUACCUGCAUUGCUGAUGACGGCACAGAAAUAGCCGCUCUGGACGUUACGCACCCGACCGGCGCCAACACGCCUGGCGUACUGCCGCUUGACGUCAUCGAACACCACACUUGAAUGGGAGGAUCCGAGCGUGGGAUGGUGCACCUGAAAGAAACACCACACACAACAGAGAGGGAGCACGUGUGAGUUGUCAGCCAUGCCAUGCAUGUGUGUAGGCGACCCACCCACCCACCCACCUCGAAAGUGGCCGUUGCGCGUUCGAUGUCGACAGUAACGUCCACGUGGCAGCCCGUCACCAGAGCGGGCAACGGGGCGAUGCCCUCGACCUUGGACACCUUGUUCGCCAGCCGCUUGCAGAUGUUGCCGCUCUUGUUAAGGUACACCGAGUACAGCUCGUGCAGCCUGUCACGUGGGUAGAACUCGUCCGCCAACACGAAGCCCAGCCCAUCCGCGCGGCCGGGCUCGCCCGCAAUGAUGGAGUAGCGGUAGUGCAGCACGCCGCCGCUGGGCUGCCGGCGGAUGGACUGCUCGUGGACGAUCGACGUGACGCCGUCCUCCCAAUUCUUGGUGAACACCUGCCCGUCGACCGACAAGUAACCUGACACACACAGAGAGACCUAUGAGUGAAUGUGUUCUGUUCUCCCCGCCCGCAUACCGAUCUUCAUGGCGUUGCGGCUCCAGCAGGUCCGGACAGCAGUGUGCUGUGGCGUGUCGACAGUUGUCGACCCCGAGCAGUUGGAACUGCCCCCGUGCACCGCCCCCCUGCCCGCCUCGGCAUGACUCCUCUCGGUCGGCACCUUGAGGAUGGCGAUCUUCCUGUUGCCCUCAGACGGGGAUGGCAUCCAGUACGACGACGGCGACGCGUCGCCACCGCCGUUGCCGGCCCCCGCCGACCCCAUCUCGCUGUGUGCGGCCUCUGAGCUCAUGAUGGUGGUGGUCUGCUGCUUAUACACGGGCGGCCGGUCUUGCGAGUUGAGGCGCUCCAGGUUGGCGAAAGUGAGGUGGGGGUUGGGCUGAUGCACAGGCAACUCGAACUUGUCGUCCUCAUGCUGCUGCUGCUGCUGGUCUUCAUGACCAUGAUGGUCCUGGUCCUGGUCGUGUGUGUGGGUGUGGUUGUCGUGGUUGUCGGGGGUGUUGUCCUCGAACUCGUCGCCAUCCUCGUUGGCCUCGCCCUCCUCCUCUUGCACGGGGCGAAGUUCACACCGACGCUUGUGACGACGCAACUGCUUCCUGAGCAUACACGCAGAGGAGCAGAAGUUGAAUCGUGCAUUGCUCUGCGUGUGUGUCAUCUUCUCUGCGUGCAUACCCAAUCCCGGAGAAGCCACAGCCGAACGGACACACGCGCGCUUUUGAUGGAUCGAGUGGCCUGUGUGUCCGCACACAGCCGUCCCCCCCGUUGGCCAGGGAGGUGACGCACUCGAGCACGCGAGCCAUCUGCUCGGGUGUAAAACGGUCGAGGGCCUGUGAGACGGCCACCAUCACUUCAUGCUUGGUGGGGAGGGGCUGCUGGGGGGACGGGGGAGGGGGAGGGGGCUGGUGGGUGUAGCUGCCGCCAUAGCCGCCGCCAUAGCUGCCGUACAUGGCCGACACCUGCACGCACACACAUACAGAGAGGGCACACGCAAGGUAUGAGUGUCUGUGUGUAUAUACACUCGGCGAGUGGCGUGUCUGCCUGGCGCACCGGUGGCGUUGUGUUCUUGUCACUGACAACACCAGGAAUAGCCAACGGCAUACCUGAAAGACAAACACACAUGCAAAGACGCCAAUGCAUCACAGCGUAUCGCUCUUCCCUUCCUGCUCCCUGCGAGAGCCCUCCCACCUCCUCACCUGCCAUCUGCCCGCACACGGCGGGGCUCUGCUUCGCGUAUGGAAACGGGUACACGCCGCUAUGCUGAGUGUGCAUCGUUACGAUGCGCUCCUCAAAACCAGUGAUGCUCAGACAGACACUUGGCACCAGGGAACUGCUCACGAGAGCCCUGACUGAGGCUCGUCAGGGGAUGAUUGACGCAACAGAUAGAAACUGAAAUCUCGCUGACGCUAGGCGCUGCGCUCGAAUCGUGAAAAACGCGGUCUGUGAGGCGUGACGUGGCGAGGCAGGAC